GAAGUUGGAAGCAUAAUCGGAAAGAAGGGCGAUCAUAUAAAAACAAUUAGAGAUGAGGUAAGUUCGUCCAUUUAUGAAACUACUAUACUCGAGAAAGUGCAUUUCCAGAGUAUGGCGAAGAUCAACAUCUCUGACAGCACCAGUGCUGAACGGAUCGUCACCAUCACGGGCAGCGUACAUAAUAUUACCAAGGCUUUUACCAUGAUAUGUCGUAAAUUCGAGGAGGACCAAAGCCAAGCUCAUAUUGUAGCCACUCCACCGAUUACAUUCCGUUUAAUUAUCCCAGCUAAUCAAUGCGGCUCUUUAAUUGGCAAGGGCGGAUCGAAAAUCAAAAUGAUCCGAGAAGUGAGUGCUAAUCUACAACAGAACCGCUUUAUGAUCGAAACUCUAGACUACAGGAGCCUCAAUCCAGGUGGCUGGGGAGCUGAUGCCAAACUCAACGGAGCGUUC